UGGGCGUCUCGCUGCCCCGCAGAGCUUCACCGGACCCUGUAUCCCUUGAUUGGCUGAGAUCCAGCCCUUCUCCCAGCCCAGGUCCCCCAAGUGAGGGACGGUGGUCCCUUCCUGAUGCUAUGUCUCGGCUUCAGUCUCUGAGCACGCCGGGGACCUCAAGUGUUUACCACCCCUCCCACCCCCCAUGGCAUAGCGUGUCCACGUUGUGGCCUAUGCUCAGCCCAAAGUUUGGACACUCAGAGGCACAGCAGGAGCUCCAGCCUUGAUCAGAGACCCUGCACUUUAACCUAUCCCCUUCCACCAGGCAGCUGAUGGUUGUGGCCGAAGUAUCUUAAGGUAGCGGGGCCUGUGCCCUCUUCCCCACCUACCUCCUGUCUACCCCACACACCACCACCACCCUGGCUCCCCUCCCUCAUGACCGCCUGGAUCCUCCUUCCUGUCAGCCUGUCCGCUUUCUCCAUCACUGGCAUAUGGACUGUGUAUGCCAUGGCUGUGAUGAACCGCCACGUGUGUCCUGUGGAAAACUGGUCCUACAAUGAGUCCUGCUCUCCCGACCCCACUGAGCAGGGGGGUCCCAAGACCUGCUGCACCUUGGACGAUGUUCCCCUCAUCAGCAAGUGCGGCACAUACCCCCCCGAGAGCUGCCUCUUCAGCCUCAUUGGCAAUGUGGGUGCUUUCAUGGUGGCUCUGAUCUGCCUCCUCCGGUAUGGGCAGCUCCUGGAGCGGAGUCGCCACUCCUGGGUUAACACCACUGCACUCAUCACCGGCUGCACCAACGCAGCGGGCCUAGUAAUAGUCGGCAACUUUCAGGUGGACCAUGCCAAGUCUCUGCACUACGUGGGAGCCGGCGUAGCAUUCCCAGCAGGGCUGCUCUUCGUCUGCCUGCACUGUGCUCUCACCUACCAUGGGGCCACAGGACUCCUGGACCUAGCCAUGGCACACCUGCGGAGCGUGCUAGCUGUUAUUGCCUUUGUCUUCCUUGUGCUCAGUGGGGUCUUCUUUCUCCAUGAGAACUCUCAGCUGCAGCACGGGGCCGCCCUGUGCGAGUGGGUAUUUGUCAUCGACAUCCUCGUGUUCUACGGCACCUUCAGCUAUGAGUUUGGGGCUGUCUCCUCAGACACACUAGUGGCUGCCCUGCAGCCCGCUGCCGGCCGGGCCUACAAGUCCUCAGGGAGCAGCAGCACCUCCACACACCUCAACUGUGCCCCCGAGAGCAUUGCCAUGAUCUGAGGUCUGGGCAGGGGGGAGUUGGCCCGUCCCCCCACAACUCCCAACCCCAUCUACUUUGCAUUUAUUUUAUACCAAAAACACUUCUGAAAGUAUUAAGAUGGGAGGCCGGCUUCCUCCCUCAAGGAGGGAGUGGCCAUCCUCAUCCAUCUGUGCCAUGGAGUGGCCCUGCCCUGGGGCCACCCCACUGCUGCUCACCCACCCGCAGGGGGGUUUGUAUUGUAAGGUCAUCCGUUUUCAUUCACCCAGCCAGCCCUUCAGGUGCCUUCUUCUCCCCAGUUCUCAGGCCAGACCACUGGGGUUUCCGCUGCAGGAAGUGGGAGCUGGGGAUGGCAGGAGGGAGGGGAAUCUGGUGAGGGGCAGGUAGGGCGGAGCACACCUUCGUCUGGGAAGGCCCACAGAGCUGCACUGGCAUUCUUUACUCCGCCCCCCACUUCCUUUAGGGCAAAGAACACAGCAGAACCACAUGGGUAUUUUAGUACUUUUUUUUUAUAUCUAUUAAAAGAAUUCUAAUUUG